CCCAACUAUAGUUGGGCCAGUUACUCAAUUGGGCCUCAAUUAGCCGAACACUCGGUGAACUGAUGAAGAAGAACGUCAACAAAGUCUCAUAAUGGCAAAUGUGUUUAGGAUAGCGCUGGUGCAGAUGGCUGUUUCAGCCAAUAAAGUAGAAAACAUCACCAAAGCUGUGAAACUCGUCAAGGAAGCGGCUGCAUCUGGAGCUAAGCUUGUUGCAUUACCGGAAUGUUUCAACUGUCCCUACGGUACCUCUUACUUCGCCGACUACUCAGAGAAAGUUCCCGGAGCUUCAACGGAUGCUCUCGCUAAAGCUGCUUCAGAAAACAAUGUGUUCCUGAUCGGAGGCUCCAUCCCUGAGGAAGAUCAAGGGAAGUUUUAUAACACCUGUACUGUCUUCAACCCAGAGGGAAAUAUCAUUGGCAAAUACAGAAAGGCUCAUCUGUUCGACAUUGACGUACCCGGACGCAUCAAAUUCAAGGAAUCGGACGUUCUCACUCCAGGAAGUGGAUUCACUGUUGUAGAUACACCCUACUGUAAGAUUGGAAUUGGCAUCUGCUAUGACAUGCGCUUUGCAGAAAUGGCUCAGAUUUAUAAUCAGAAAGGCUGUAAGUUGUUGGUGUACCCUGGCGCCUUCAAUAUGACAACAGGACCAGCACAUUGGGAGUUACUGCAGAGAGGAAGAGCAUUAGACAACCAGCUUUACGUAGCGACAGUUUCGCCAGCAAGAGAUGAGAGUGCUUCGUACAUAGCAUGGGGUCAUAGUUCAGCCAUUAAUCCAUGGGGUGAGGUUAUCGCCAAAGCAGAUUCCUCCGAGAAGAUUGUCUAUGCCGAGAUUGACCCGACUUAUGUAGAUGAGGUUAGGACUCAAAUUCCUAUCGGUUCUCAGAAAAGGUCUGAUAUGUAUGAGGUCAAAGGUUAAAGGUUAGUUAUAUUCUUCUAGGCGUGAUUGAUUAAUUUUACAGGAAAGUAUUAUAUUUUGAUAGCAAGAUAUUUUGCCAAUGUUAUGGUUAAGAUUAAAAGUAUCAAUUUUGUUAAAGUUAAUUGAUAUACAUAUAUGCAAGGAACGUUGUUUGAUGAAUUAUGCAUGACUUGCCAACUUCUUUAAAUUAUCAUUGAACGGUUUAUGUGAGAUGAAACUGGAUAUAAGGAAAAUUUGUAUCACUUAUCAAUGUCGCAAUUUGUCAUCUCAGGCCCAUAAGGCCAUUAGUUCAGUUUUCAUGGAUUUCAUUCAAAUUGCUUUUGCAUAAUAUUUCAAAGCGCCUUGUAAAUGUAGGAAGCAACUAUGAAUAAAUAAUAAACUUGCGGGUUCAACAAUGUGUUAAAAUAUCUUUGCGAACAGGAGAGUAUACUGCUCAACUUCGGGAGAGUAUACUGUUUGAAAUGUCAAGACCAAACUGGCUCUUCUCAGAGCCAACACUCACUCAAGAGAUUUACACAUG